CCCAACAAAAUGGCGGCGGCGGCGGCGUCGCUUUGUUUCCGCGGCUCCUGCGGAGGUGGCAGCGGUGGCGGCCUUUGAGCUGUGGGGAGGAUCCAGCGCCAGCUGUAGUGACGACUAAGAGUCCAGUGCAUUUCUGUCGUAACUGGGCACCGGGGAGCGCAGAGUGGCGCCCUACGGUCGCUGAAGCCGACGAGGCGUUGAAGCGAAAACAUGACUGCUGAGCCCAUGAGAGUGGAUGCACUUAAUAGCUGGAGACAGAACUGAUUAGGUAUCAAUUUCAUGAAAAGAGUGAAAGCAAGUUGAAUACAUUGGUGCAGAAGCUUCAUGACUUUCUGGCACACUCAUCAGAAGAAUCUGAAGAAACAAGUUCUCCUCCAAGACUUGUGAUGAACCAAAGCACAGAUAAAGUCAGUGGUUCUGGAAAUAACUCUGAUAUGAUGGAAAACAGCAAGGAAGAGGGAGCUAGCUCUUCAGAAAAAUCCAAAUCAUCAGGAUCAUCACGAUCAAAGAGGAAACCUUCAAUUGUAACAAAGUAUGUAGAAUCUGAUGAUGAAAAACCUUUGGAUGAAACUGUAAAUGAAGAUGCUUCUAAUGAAAAUUCAGAAAAUGAUAUUACUAUGCAAAGCUUGCCAAAAGGUACAGUGAUUGUACAACCAGAGCCAGUGCUGAAUGAAGACAAAGAUGAUUUUAAAGGGCCUGAAUUUAGAAGCAGAAGUAAAAUGAAAACUGAAAAUCUCAAAAAACGCGGAGAAGAUGGGCUUCAUGGGAUUGUGAGCUGUACCGCUUGUGGACAACAGGUCAAUCAUUUUCAAAAAGAUUCCAUUUAUAGACAUCCUUCACUGCAAGUACUUAUUUGUAAGAAUUGCUUUAAAUAUUACAUGAGUGAUGAUAUUAGCCGUGACUCAGAUGGAAUGGAUGAACAGUGUAGAUGGUGUGCAGAAGGUGGAAACUUGAUUUGUUGUGACUUUUGCCAUAAUGCCUUCUGCAAGAAAUGCAUUCUACGCAACCUUGGUCGAAAGGAGCUGUCUACAAUAAUGGAUGAAAACAACCAAUGGUAUUGCUACAUUUGUCACCCGGAGCCUUUGUUGGAUUUGGUCACAGCAUGUAACAGCGUAUUUGAAAACUUAGAACAGUUGUUGCAACAAAAUAAGAAGAAGAUAAAAGUUGACAAUGAAAAGAGUAGUAAAGUAUAUGACCAUACACCCAGAUUUUCUCCAAAGAAAAACAGUUCAAAUUGUAAUGGAGAAGAAAAGAAAUUAGAUGAUUCAUGUUCUGGUUCUGUAACCUACUCUUAUUCAGCACUAAUUGUGCCCAAGGAGAUGAUUAAGAAGGCAAAGAAACUGAUUGAGACUACUGCCAACAUGAACUCCAGUUAUGUUAAGUUUUUGAAGCAGGCAACAGAUAAUUCAGAAAUCAAUUCUGCUACAAAGUUACGUCAGCUUAAGGCUUUUAAAUCUGUGUUGGCUGAUAUCAAGAAAGCUCAUCUUGCGUUGGAAGAAGAUUUGAAUUCAGAGAUUCGAGCUUUGGAUGCUGUAAACAAAGAGAAAAAUACCAAAGAGCUUAAAGUCAUAGAUGCUAAGUCUGAAACAAAAGUACGAAAAGGAGAAAAACCCUGUGCUUUGGAAAGGAAGGAUAUUUCAAAAUCAGAAGCUAAACUGUCAAGAAAGCAGGUAGAUAGUGAGCAUGUGGAUCAGAGUGUUGCGGUAGAGGAACAAAGAGCAAAUAAAAAUCCCAGUGGUGAACAUAAAAAAUCUGAUAAAAAAGAAGAACCUCAGUAUGAACCUGCUAACACUUCUGAAGACUUAGACAUGGAUAUUGUGUCUGUUCCUUCCUCAGUUCCAGAAGACAUUUUUGAGAAUCUUGAGACUGCUAUGGAAGUUCAGAGUUCAGCAGAUUAUCAGGGAGAUGGCAACAGUGGAACUGAGCAAGAACUGGAGAGUUCUGUAAAAUUAAAUAUUACUUCAAAAGACAACAGAGGAGGUAUUAAAUCAAAAACAACAGCUAAAGUAACAAAAGAAUUAUAUGUUAAACUCACCCCUGUUUCCCUUUCUAAUUCCCCAAUUAAAGGUGCUGAUUGUCAGGAAGUUCCACAAGAUAAAGAUAGCUAUAGAAGUUCUUGUCUGAACCCCAAGCUGGAGAACUGUGGACUUGAACAGGAAAAGAAUGAUAAUGAGCAUUUGGUUGAAAGUGAAGUUCCAUUACUUUCAGAAGAAUCUGAUCUUCGAAGAUCCCCACGUGUAAAGACUACACCCUUGAGGCGACAGACAGAAACCAACCCUACAACAUUUAAUUCAGAUGAAGAAAAUAAUGACACCGUUAAGGAGAAACAAAAACUAUCAGUUUCAAUGAGAAAAAAGGAUAAGCGGAAUUCUUCUGACAGUGCUAUAGAUAAUCCUAAACCUAAUAAAUUGCCUAAGUCUAAGCAGUCAGAGACUGUGGAUCAAAAUUCAGAUUCUGAUGAAAUGCUAGCAAUCCUCAAAGAAGUAUCCAGGAUGAGUCACAGUUCUUCUUCAGAUACUGAUAUUAAUGAACCUCAUACAAAUCAUGAGAAGACUUUGUGUGAUGUAAAGACUCAAACAGGGAAAGAUGACAAAGGAAAAAGGAAACGAAAAAGUUCUACUUCUGGCUCAGAUUUUGAUAUUAAAAAAGGCAAAUCUGCUAAAAGGUCUAUAAUUUCUAAAAGGAAACGACAAAACCAGUCUGAAUCUUCUAAUUAUGACUCAGAAUUAGAAAAAGAGAUAAAGAGUAUGAGUAAAAUCGGGGCUGCCAGAACAACAACAAAAAGAGUUCCAAAUAAAGAAGAUUAUGAUUCUUCUGAAGAUGAAAAACACAGCAAAAAAGGAAUGGAUAAUCAAGGUCAGAAAGGUUUGAGGACUGCCCAGGAAGGAUCAUCUGAUGAUGCUGAAAGGAAAGAAGAGAGAGAAAAUUUCUCUUCAGCAGAAGGCAUAUUUGAUAAAGACAAGACUCUCAUGGAAUUGAGAGAUCGACUCUCUAAGAAGCAGCAGCCAAGUGUUUCCUCAGAUGGUGCUGAUAAGCUUUCUUCUGGGAAAGAGGAGAGUUUUAAUUCUCCAGAAGAUAAAAAGGUUGCUGAAACUAAAGAAAAGAGUAAGUAUCUGAAAACCAAAACGUGUAAGAAAGUACAAGGUGGCUUAUCUGAUAUUGCUGAAAAGUUCCCAAAGAAAGAACAGAGUGAUGAAUCCUCUGAAGAUGAUAACAAGCAGAGCAAAAAGGGAACUGAAGAAAAAGAAAAGAAAACUACAGACUUGAAGAAAAAAGGAAUUAAGAUGGAACAACAGUAUGAAUCAUCAUCUGAUAGCACUGAGAAAUUACCCGAGGGAGAAGAAAUUUUCCAUUUUCCUAAAGGCAUAAAACAAAAUAAGAAUGACACAACUGAUGGGGAAAAGAAGAGUAAAAAAAUAAAAGAUAAAACUUCUAAAAAGAAGCAUGAAUUAUCCGAUAAUGCUGAGAAGUUACCAGGGAAAAGAGAUAGUUGUGAUUCUUCUGAAGAUAAGAGGAGUAAGAAUGGAGCAUCCAGUCGAGAGAAGAAAAGGUGCAACUUACCUGAAAAGAGUUCAAGGAAGAGACAAGAUUGUUCAUCAUCUGAUACUGAGAAAUAUUCCAUGAAAGAAGAUGGUUGUGAUUCUUCUGAUAAGAGACCGAAAAGAAUUGAAUUAAGGGAAAGAAGAAAUUUAAAUUCAAAGAGAAAUACCAAGGAAGUACAAAAUGGCUCAUCAUCUUCUGAUGUUGAGGAAAGUUCCGAAGAUAAUAAAAAGCUGAAGAAACAAAGAGCUUCAGCUAAAAAGAAGGCAGGCAAUAUGAAGGAGAAAAUGAGAAACUCCCUAAGAACAAGCACUAAAAGGAAGCAGGCUGACAUUUCUUCCUCAUCUUCUUCUGAUAUAGGAGAUGAUGAUCAGAAUUCUGUAGGUGAGGGGAGCAGUGAUGAGCAGAAAAUAAAGCCUGUGACCGAAAAUUUAGUGCUGUCUUCACAUACUGGAUUUUGUCAAUCUUCAGGAGAUGAAGCCUUAUCUAAAUCAAUGCCUGUCACAGUGGAUGAUGACGACGAUGACAAUGAUCCUGAGAAUAGAAUUGCCAAGAAGAUGCUUUUAGAAGAAAUUAAAGCCAAUCUUUCCUCCGAUGAGGAUGGAUCUUCAGAUGAUGAAUCAGAAGAAGGGAAAAAAAGAACUGGAAAACACAAUGAAGAAAAUCCUGGAGAUGAGGAAGCAAAAAAUCAAGUCAAUUCUGAAUCAGAUUCAGAUUCUGAAGAAUCUAAGAAGCCGAGAUACAGACAUAGGCUUUUGAGGCACAAGCUGACUGUGAGUGACGGAGAAUCUGGAGAAGAAAAAAAGACGAAGCCUAAAGAGCACAAAGAAGCCAAAGGCAGAAAUAGAAGGAAGGUGAGCAGUGAAGAUUCUGAAGAUUCUGAUUUUCAGGAAUCAGGAGUUAGUGAAGAAGUUAGUGAAUCUGAAGAUGAACAACGGCCGAGAACACGGUCUGCAAAGAAAGCAGAGUUGGAAGAAAAUCAGCGAAGUUAUAAACAGAAAAAGAAAAGGCGACGCAUCAAGGUUCAAGAAGAUUCAUCCAGUGAAAACAAGAGUAAUUCUGAAGAAGAUGAUAAAGAAGAAGAUGAAGACGACGAAGAAGAAGAUGAAAAUGAUGAUUCCAAGUCUCCUGGAAAAGGCAGAAAGAAAAUUCGAAAGAUUCUUAAAGAUGAUAAACUAAGAACAGAAACACAAAAUGCUCUUAAGGAAGAGGAAGAGAGGCGAAAGCGUAUUGCUGAGCGGGAACGUGAGCGAGAGAAAUUGAGAGAGGUGAUAGAAAUUGAAGAUGCUUCACCCACUAAGUGUCCAAUAACAACCAAGUUGGUUUUAGAUGAAGAUGAAGAAACCAAAGAACCUUUAGUGCAGGUUCAUAGAAAUAUGGUUAUCAAAUUGAAACCCCAUCAAGUAGAUGGUGUUCAGUUUAUGUGGGAUUGCUGCUGUGAGUCUGUAAAAAAAACAAAGAAGUCUCCAGGUUCAGGAUGCAUUCUUGCCCACUGCAUGGGCCUUGGUAAGACUUUACAGGUGGUAAGCUUUCUUCAUACGGUUCUUUUGUGUGACAAAUUGGAUUUCAGCACAGCUUUAGUGGUUUGUCCUCUUAAUACUGCUUUGAAUUGGAUGAAUGAAUUUGAGAAGUGGCAAGAGGGAUUAAAAGAUGAUGAGAAGCUUGAGGUCUCUGAAUUAGCAACUGUGAAACGUCCUCAGGAGAGAAGCUACAUGCUGCAAAGAUGGCAAGAAGAUGGUGGUGUUAUGAUCAUAGGCUAUGAGAUGUACAGAAAUCUUGCUCAAGGAAGGAAUGUGAAGAGUAGGAAACUUAAAGAAAUAUUUAACAAAGCUUUGGUUGAUCCAGGCCCUGACUUUGUUGUUUGUGAUGAAGGCCAUAUUCUAAAAAAUGAAGCAUCUGCUGUUUCAAAAGCUAUGAAUUCUAUACGAUCAAGGAGGAGGAUUAUUUUAACGGGAACCCCACUUCAAAAUAACCUAAUUGAGUAUCAUUGCAUGGUUAACUUUAUCAAAGAAAAUUUGCUUGGAUCCAUUAAGGAGUUCAGGAAUCGAUUUAUAAAUCCAAUCCAAAAUGGUCAGUGUGCAGAUUCUACCAUGGUAGAUGUCAGAGUAAUGAAAAAACGUGCUCACAUUCUCUAUGAAAUGUUAGCUGGAUGUGUUCAGAGGAAAGAUUAUACAGCAUUAACAAAGUUCUUGCCUCCAAAACAUGAAUACGUGUUAGCUGUGAGAAUGACUCCUAUUCAGUGCAAACUCUAUCAGUACUACUUAGAUCACUUGACAGGUGUAGGUAAUAGCAGUGAAGGUGGAAGAGGAAAGGCAGGUGCAAAACUUUUCCAAGAUUUUCAGAUGUUAAGUAGAAUCUGGACUCAUCCUUGGUGUUUGCAGCUGGACUACAUUAGCAAAGAAAAUAAGGGAUAUUUUGAUGAAGACAGUAUGGAUGAAUUUAUAGCUUCAGAUUCUGAAGAAACCUCCAUGAGUUUAAGCUCUGAUGAUUAUACAAAAAAGAAGAAAACAAAGGGGAAAAAGGGGAAAAAAGAUAGUAGCUCAAGUGGAAGCGGCAGUGACAAUGAUGUUGAAGUGAUUAAAGUCUGGAAUUCAAGAUCUCGAGGAGGUGGUGAAGGAAAUGUGGAUGAAACAGGAAACAAUCCCUCAGUUUCUUUAAAGCUGGAAGAAAGUAAAGCUACUUCCUCUUCUAAUCCAAGCAGCCCAGCUCCAGACUGGUACAAAGAUUUUGUUACAGAUGCUGAUGCUGAGGUUUUAGAGCAUUCUGGAAAAAUGGUACUUCUCUUUGAAAUUCUUCGAAUGGCGGAGGAAAUUGGGGAUAAAGUCCUUGUUUUCAGCCAGUCUCUCAUAUCUCUGGACUUGAUUGAAGAUUUUCUUGAAUUGGCUAGUAGGGAGAAGACAGAAGAUAAAGAUAAACCUCUUAUUUAUAAGGGUGAAGGGAAGUGGCUCCGAAACAUAGACUAUUACCGUUUAGAUGGUUCUACAACUGCUCAAUCAAGGAAAAAGUGGGCUGAAGAAUUUAAUGAUGAAACUAAUGUGAGAGGGCGCUUGUUUAUCAUUUCAACCAAAGCAGGAUCUCUUGGAAUUAAUCUGGUAGCUGCUAAUCGAGUGAUUAUAUUUGAUGCUUCUUGGAAUCCAUCUUAUGACAUCCAGAGUAUAUUCAGAGUUUAUCGCUUUGGACAAACUAAACCUGUGUAUGUAUAUAGGUUCUUAGCUCAGGGAACCAUGGAAGAUAAGAUUUAUGAUCGGCAAGUAACUAAGCAGUCACUGUCUUUUCGAGUUGUUGAUCAACAGCAAGUUGAACGUCAUUUUACCAUGAAUGAGCUUACUGAACUUUAUACCUUUGAGCCAGACUUGUUAGAUGACCCUAAUUCAGAAAAGAAGAAGAAAAGGGAUACUCCCAUGCUGCCAAAGGACACCAUACUUGCAGAACUUCUUCAAAUACAUAAAGAACACAUUGUAGGAUAUCAUGAACAUGAUUCUCUUUUGGACCACAAAGAAGAAGAAGAGUUGACUGAAGAAGAAAGAAAAGCAGCUUGGGCUGAGUAUGAAGCAGAGAAGAAGGGACUGACCAUGCGUUUCAACAUACCAACUGGGACCAAUUUACCCCCUGUCAGUUUCAACUCUCAAACUCCUUAUAUUCCUUUCAAUUUGGGAGCCCUGUCAGCAAUGAGUAAUCAACAGCUGGAGGACCUCAUUAAUCAAGGAAGAGAAAAAGUUGUGGAAGCAACAAACAGUGUGACAGCAGUGAGGAUUCAGCCUCUUGAAGAUAUAAUUUCAACUGUAUGGAAGGAAAACAUGAAUCUCUCAGAGGCCCAGGUACAGGCGUUAGCAUUAAGUAGACAAGCCAGCCAGGAGCUUGAUGUUAAACGAAGAGAAGCAAUCUACAAUGACGUAUUGACAAAACAACAGAUGUUAAUCAGCUGUGUUCAGCGAAUACUUAUGAACCGAAGGCUCCAGCAGCAGUACAAUCAGCAGCAACAGCAGCAAAUGACUUAUCAACAAGCAACACUGGGUCACCUCAUGAUGCCAAAGCCUCCAAAUUUAAUCAUGAAUCCUUCUAACUACCAGCAGAUUGAUAUGAGAGGAAUGUAUCAGUCAGUGGCUGGUGGUAUGCAGCCACCACCAUUACAGCGUGCACCGCCCCCAAUGAGAAGCAAAAAUCCGGGACCUUCCCAAGGGAAAUCAAUGUGAUUUUGCACUAAAAGUUUAAAAGAUUGCUAAAAUCAUAGAAAGAUCUUUUAUUUUUUUAGGAAUCAAUGAAUGAACAGAACUCAACUGUAUAAAUAGUUUGUUUCCCUGAAAUGGCAAUCUUCCAUAUUAGUUUAAAAUUUUUUUUAAUAGGGCAUACCAUUUCUUCCUGACAUUUGUCAGUGAUGUUGCCUAGAAUCUUCUUACACACACUGAGUACAGAAGAUCUUUCAAAUUGUUUUCAGUGAAAACAAGUCCUUCCAUAACAGUAACAACUCCACAGAUUUCCUCUCUAAAUUUUUAUGCCUGCUUUUAGCGACCAUAAAAUUGUCAUAAAUUAGUGAAUUUAUGAAAGAAUACAGAUUUAUAUAUUCAUUCUUUACAUAUAAAAACACACAGCUGAGUUCUUAGAGUUGAUUCCUCAAGUUAUGUAAUACUUUUGUAUUAAUCCAUUUCUUGAUUAAAUGAUUGAAAUGGUUUUAAUGUUCUUUUGACUGAAGUCUGAAACUGGGCUCCUACUUUAUCAUAUCUGUGACUGAAAAUUAGAAACUAAGGGUUAUCUUUGACACAGAAUUGUGUGCAAUAUUCUUAAAUACUACUGCUCUAAAACUUGGAGGAGUCUUGCAGUUAUCUUAGCAUUGUAUAAACAGCCUUAAGUACAGCUUAAGAAGAGAAUUCCUUUUUCUUCUGUAGUCUUUCUGCCAUUUUUUAUUUUCAGUUAUAUGUGCUGAAAUAAUUACUGGUAAAAUUUCAGGGUUGUGGAUUAUCUUCCACACAAGAAUUUUCUCUCUCCUGGCACUAAUAUAAAGCACAUCUCUUAACUGCUUGGUGUCAGUGCUAGUGCUUCAUCCUGUUGCUGGCAGUGGGAUGUGGACUAACAAAAUCAAGUUCUAGCAUUUUAGGAGGUUAAGGAUGGUGUUGUGGUUGUUAGCUUCACACCCUGUUUUAUAAACAACAUCAAAAUGGCAGAACCAUUGCUGACUUUAAGUUCACAUGAGGAAUGUGCUUUAAAACAAUUCCCAGUACUGUCAGUAUUGUGAAAUAAUUCCUCCUAAAGAUAAGGUUCACUGGCUUCUAUGCUCUUCUUUUCUCUCAUCAGUAUGUUCUUUUUUCCCAACCACAUUUUCUUUUUUUUUUUUUUUUUUUUUGCGGUAUGCGGGCCUCUCACUGUUGUGGCCUCCCCCGUUGCGGAGCACAGGCUCCGGACGCGCAGGCUCCGGACGCGCAGGCUCAGCGGCCAUGGCUCACGGGCCCAGCCGCUCCGCGGCAUAUGGGAUCCUCCCAGACCGGGGCACGAACCCGUAUCCCCUGCAUCGGCAGGCGGACUCUCAACCACUUGCGCCACCAGGGAGGCCCCCAACCACAUUUUCUUAUGUACAUUUUUUUUUUUUGGUGGUACGCGGGCCUCUCACUGUUGUGGCCUCUCCCGUUGUGGAGCACAGGCUCCGGACACGCAGGCUCAGUGGCCAUGGCUUACGGGCCCAGCCGCCCCGCGGCAUGUGGGAUCCUCCCGGACUGGGGCACUAACCUGUGUCCCCUGCAUCGGCAGGCGGACUCCCAACCACUGCACCACCAGGGAAGCCCUCUUACGUAAAUUUUGUUUCAAAGCUCGUUUUUUUUUUUUUAGUUUAGAUCUGUGAGGCAAUUUUCUGAUCAAAAUUAAUUCAUCUCUAAUGCCCUUUUAUGAGGUUUUACUAGAAAGUCAUUACAUUGUCGUUUUUCUUAAUCCAGGCUUGUAGAAAUGACUUAUAAGCUUAUUCAUGUACAAUUUGGUUGCUUGAGUUUCUUAAAGAAAAAGAUUGUUAGACUAUGAGAGUCCACUCAACAUGACGAAACUAUUUUUGAGAUGGUGACGUAACAUGUAGUGGAAAUAGCCAGUGAAUUCCAAAAAAGAGAAAGCUGGGUGGAGGAUUAGCUUUAGGUAUCACUGGAUUAGAAUGAAGAAUGAGUUUAACAUUAGCUAAAACUGUUUUGAAUUGUUAGGAUGAUUAAGAGAUUUCCACUUUGAUCAUAAAAACUAGUGGUAAACAUCCAAGAGUACUAAGUUUGUCAUAUAGAAUUUUGAGGUUUGGUGGAUCCACCCUCCACCUUCCUGUGGUGAGUUAUCACUAACAAAUUCCAUGUAUUUGGAUAUUAUGCCAGCCAUAUAAUCAAGUUCAUUCAAUUGGUGUGUGGGGGAGGGUGUUUUUACUUCAGAAGAAAUGAAAGAGACAGGAUUUAUGAGAUAAAUCUUUGAAGACAGUAUACUUUGGCCAACUGUUAUCAAUUGGUAUUUCUACAAGUCCAGAAUACUUUAAACCUGAUUUACUAGACUUGUGAACUUUCAUCAUGGUCUGAUUGCUUGCUCAAAGACAUAGGUGUCAAAAUUUUAGGCAACCUUCUAAACCUUUUCCCCCAUGAAUGAAACUAUAAAUUAAAGGAUAAUACAUAGAAUAAUGAAUUGGAAAUAAGAGAGUUUGAGAUAAAACUUGGACCACUUUGCAUACUCUUCUUCACUUGACAUUUUAGCUACAUAAUAUGUACUUUGAGUAUAACAUCAAGCUUUAACAAAUAUUUAAAGACAAAAUCACAUCAAUAAGAUACUAAAAGGCUCAUUUUUAUAUUUGUUUUAGAUGUUUUAAAUAGUUGCAAUGGCUUAAAAAAUGACGAUUUAAAAUGUUGCUUGUAAUACAGUUUUGCCUGCUAAAUUCUCCACAUUUUGUAACCUGUUUUAUUUCUUUGGGUGUAAAGCGUUUUUGCUUAGUAUUGUGAUAUUGUAUAUGUUUUGUCCCAGUUGUAUAGUAAUGUUUCAGUCCAUCAUCCAGCUUUGGCUGCUGAAAUCAUACAGCUGUGAAGACUUGCCUUUGUUUCUGUUAGACUGCUUUUCAGUUCCGUAUUGAGUAUCUUAAGUACUGUAGAAAAGAUGUUACUUCUUCCUUUAAGGCUGUUUUGUAAUAUAUAUAAGGACUGGAAUUGUGUUUUUAAAGAAAAGCAUUCAAGUAUGACAAUAAUACUAUCUGUGUUUUCACCAUUCAAAGUGCUGUUUAGUAGUUGAAACUUAAACUAUUUAAUGUCAUUUAAUAAAGUGACCAAAAUGUGUUGUGCUCUUUA